CAAAACAUUCACAUCAGUUUCAUUAAUUAAUACGUAUAACCAAUCUUUUUUAUUACUACUUCAUGGAGGAGCUCCCUUCCCGGAAAAUUAGCUCUCCGGUCGUCCAAAAGUGUCCUAAACUACCGCUUCUCAUUCUAUUCGUCUCCUUAAUAUCAGCAACAACCUUAACCUUCUUUGUCCCUCUCCUUCGCCCUACAUAUCUCGGCCGCCGCCUGCUGCCGCCCCGUGCCGCACGGGGAGCUCCGCCGGGGGAUGAUACAGAAUGCGAUCUCUUUGCCGGAGAAUGGGUUCCGAAUCCGGCGGGCCCAUACUACACGAACGACACGUGUUGGGCGAUCCACGAGCACCAGAACUGCAUGAAGUACGGGCGGCCGGACGCGGGGUUCAUGAAGUGGCGGUGGAAGCCUCACGGAUGUGAGUUGCCGGCGUUUGACCCGGACCGGUUCUUGGACGUGGUUAGGAACAAGUCGUUGGCCUUUGUCGGAGACUCUAUCGGGAGGAACCAUAUGCAGUCAUUGAUAUGCCUCUUGUCCCGGGUUGAGUAUCCAAUUGAUGUUUCAACAUCUAAAGACGAAAAUUUCAAGCAAUGGAAGUACACCACAUUCAACUUCACCAUUGCAACGUUUUGGUCACCUUUUUUGGUGAGGGCCAAAGAGGCCGACUCCGACGGUCCGACUCACACCGGCCUCUUCAAUCUCUACCUAGACGAGGCCAACGAAGAUUGGACAACUCCGAUCGAGAAGUUCGGCUUCGUCAUCAUAAACGCCGGCCACUGGUUCUAUUGCCCGGGAAUUUACUUUGAGAACGAUUCUCAAAUCGGGUGCCGGUACUGUUUGAUCGACAACCUGACCGACCUCCCGAUGACUUACGGGUACCAAAAGGCACUCAAGACUGCUUUUAAAGCCAUAAAUGACUUGAAAAAGUAUAAGGGUGUAACGUUUUUGAGAACUUUCGCACCGUCACACUUCGAAGGUGGGGAUUGGAAUAAUGGUGGGAAUUGUCUAAGACAAAAACCUCUUAGGGGCAAUGAAGUAUUUUUGGAGGGUGUAAAUUUGGAAAUGUAUUUGGCACAAGUUGAGGAAUUUAAGGUAGCAGAAAAGGAAGGAAGAACAAAAGGAUUAAGGUUUAGGCUGUUGGAUGUGACACGUGCAAUGUUGUUGAGACCGGAUGGUCAUCCGAGUCGAUACGGGCACGGGCCACAAGAGAAUGUGACAUUGUACAAUGAUUGUGUGCAUUGGUGUCUCCCUGGUCCAAUUGAUUCAUGGAGUGAUUUCUUUCUCCAAAUGUUAAAGACGAAAAACUGAUUGAGUUGUUUGAAACAAAAAAAUUUAUAAAAACAUAAAAAAGCAAACCAUGAACAGAGACUUAGGAGUACUCCAACUCAUUUUGUUAUGUAAUGGUGAUUUGUUUGUGUUUAGCAUGUAAAAUCAAACUCUGGAUAACUU